CUUUCUCAGAUUCUAGGGUUUUAGGAUUUGAUUUGGGUUCUCUAAUAUUUCAACCAUCAUCCUUUCUUCUUUUUUCCUGUCUUUGGAUUUUGGGGUUCAGAAUUUUGUUGGAAAAAUGAGCACUGCUACUUUCAAUUCAAUUUGUUUCAAUCAAGGUUAUUUGCGGAAGGGAGAAGUGAAGAUUUCAAAAGUGAAGAAUAGAAACCAAAGAGUAAAGUUUUAUGUAGGAGGAGCCUCAGUAUUAUCAACAAAAUGCAUGCAAUCUUCAGAAAAGAACAAAAAGGAAGUCCGCAUUGGUCUCCUUGGUGCUAGUGGUUAUACUGGAGCUGAGAUUGUUCGGCUUCUAGCUAACCAUCCAUACUUUGGUAUUACAUUGAUGACUGCUGAUAGAAAAGCUGGCCAAUCUAUGGGUUCAGUGUUUCCUCAUUUGAUAACACAAGAUCUGCCGACCAUGGUUUCGGUUAAGGAUGCAGACUUUUCCAGUGUGGAUGCUGUAUUCUGUUGUUUGCCUCAUGGAACUACACAGGAUAUCAUCAAAGGCCUCCCUCGCCAUUUGAAGAUUGUUGAUCUAUCUGCAGACUUUCGGCUAAGAGAUAUCGCUGAGUAUGAGGAAUGGUAUGGUCAACCACAUAGCGCUUCAGAUUUGCAGAAAGAAGCUGUAUAUGGCUUGACUGAGAUUUCAAGAGAGGAUGUAAAAAAUGCACGCCUAGUUGCUAAUCCUGGUUGUUAUCCAACAUCAAUUCAGCUUCCGCUCGUUCCCUUGAUAAAGGCUAAACUCAUUGAACACAGAAAUAUCAUUAUCGACUCAAAAUCUGGUGUCAGUGGAGCUGGACGUGGAGCCAAAGAAGCAAAUUUAUACUCUGAAAUAGCUGAAGGCAUAUAUUCUUAUGGUGUUACAAAACAUCGCCAUGUUCCCGAAAUUGAACAAGGACUAUCUGAUGCUGCUCAGUCAAAAAUAAACGUUAGUUUCACACCGCACCUAAUGCCAAUGAUCCGUGGAAUGCAAUCAACAAUAUACGUCGAAAUGUCUCAAGGAGUUACAAUGGAGGAUUUAUACCAGCAACUAAGAAAAAGUUACGAGGAUGAAGAAUUUGUAAAACUGUUAGACAAGGGAGUUGUACCACGUACUCAUAAUGUUCGCGGUUCCAACUAUUGUUUUAUGAAUGUCUUUCCUGAUCGAAUACCUGGAAGAGCAAUAAUCAUAUCAGUUAUUGAUAAUCUUGUGAAGGGAGCUUCGGGUCAAGCACUACAAAAUCUUAAUAUAAUGCUUGGUUAUCCAGAAAAUACAGGGCUUCUCUACCAGCCCUUGUUUCCAUGACGCACUCUUCCUUCAUCUUCUUCACCCUUCUAAAUUAUUGCAGGUGGUAGAGAACUGGAACUGGAAUUGCUAAUUUUGAGAAGGCCUCCAAUAUGGUUAGAAAGUGACCAGCCAAUGUUUUGUUGAGAAAUGGGUAGAGUUGGAUGCCUUUGUUGUGUCAUGUAUGGAAGGCCCUAUUUACCAUCUUUUUCUUAUCUCAAGUGGGAAUCAAUAAUUAUGUUUGAAAUAAUUUAAAAAAAAAACUUGAUUUGCCAAAGCUUAAGAUAAUUUAAUAAUAAUUUGUACUAUCCCUUACAGCAUUUACAUGUGGGAACCAUCAAAAUACCAUGUCCUCAAGAUCAUAAGGAUUUUGGAAUUUUGUGCA